AAAAGGUAACAAUGCUUGUGGAGAGAACGUCGGGGAACUAGGAACGAGAACCAAGAGCCGUUCAAAUGAAAAGUCCCUCCUCCUACUACUAGUACAACCACCACAACAGUUUUGUUUACAUCAAUUGUCUGUCAAAUUCUUAUUGCGUAGUGUGAUAGAAGAUAUGGUCAUGGAACUGGAGGAAGAUCUAUAUCAGUUGAAAUUUUUAGUUGAGGAGUUAACUACCUCAGGAAAAGAUAAACUUGAUGAAGUACCAUUAAAAAAAGUGAAGAAAAUUUGCAGAAAAUCAGACAGUUAUGUUGAAGAACUGUACAAAAUAUUAAAUAAGCAGCUAAAGAAAAGGCAUGCAGAAAUAAGAUUUAGUGCCUUCCUGAUAUGUGAUGAGAUUUUUCAAAAAUCUCACCGUUUUCGGGAAUUAUUGCUUAAAGAUUUCAAACAAAUCACAAACCUUCUCUUGGGAUUUGAUAAAAAGAAUCCCUUACCCAAACCAUAUCCAGUGGCUAGGAAGCUUAAGCAAAAGUGUGUGGAAGCUUUCCAGAAAUGGUAUGAUAAUUAUGGUGAAGGCUAUCUAACCCUUAGGCUUGGUUACAAGUACCUGAGGGAUUGUAAAAAAGUGGAUUUUGCUGAACUUACAGCCAGAAGUGAAGCCCAGAGACAAAGAGAUGCAGAAGAGAGACAAAGACAGGAAGAUAUCAAGAGGAGACGAAUUCAAAAAAUAACCGAAGAGUUGGAAGCACAAACCCCAGAAAUAAAAUCUACUCUGAAACAGUUGCAAAAUUGCUUCAGAUUACUCAUUCCAGAUGUACACAACUUUUUCAUUCCACUUAAUGAUACUGAAAAUGAUCCACCAUCCUCUGAAGAACUCCAAGGACUGGAGGAUGUAGUUGAAGUAGAGGAAGAUAGUGAAUAUGGGAAUGAAUCUUUGCGCUCUCAUGGCAUAAUGAAAGGGAUGAGUGUCACAAUUGAUAUGAAUGAGGUGAAGAAAGUAAGAGAAACUUCAGAUAAUGAGAUAAUUGUACAAAAUUUGAGAGAGUUCAUUACUACACUGACAUCAAAGGUUUUACCUCAAGUUAAGAAGUGGGAAGAAACAAUGCGACCAUAUGGUGAAGGAAAUGGACUGUUGAUAAAGCAAAUAGUAGAUUUGAAGAAUAUGGUGAUGAAAAGUGUAAAUUUAUAUAACAAUGUUGAGAUUGUGCCUCAAGAUAAAUCAAAGUUAUCAUCAGUGAAAUUGCCAGAAGACUUUGACAGUGAUGAAGAUGAUGAUGAUUUUAUUGAAGUUUCAUCCCAUAAUGGUACUGUAAGUAUAGAAGGGAUAUCAGAGGCUUUAAUUCUAGGAAUAAGUGGCCCAUCAUGGCGUAAAGAUGAUGAGUAUUUUGAUAGUGACUCUCUCAACAGGCCAUCAACUUCACAAGCAUCAGUAUCUCAGAAGUCUUUCAAAGAAUCUGAAAACUCAAAGAAAACCAAAAAGAAAAGUAUAGACAAAUGUCCAGAUGCAGCUCUUAAUGGAAUGGAGCACAAACCUCUACGCCACCACAACCCACUUGCAGGCUUGAGUCAGGUUUGGACAGCUGCACCAGAUCUUCAUGAACAAGAUGAGAUGGAUUCCACCGGUGGUAUACUGGGUGUAGCUACGCAGCGUGUAAAUUAUGAGCGUGAAUGGGAGCCUGUGAAAUGGACUUGCCGUACUCCACUAGCGACAGGCCGUUUAUGUCCCCGGAAGGACAGAGAAAAGUGUCCUCUUCAUGGUAAAAUCAUACCACGAGACGAACUUGGCCAGCCUGUAUCAGCAGAGGACGCAGCACGUGUGAAAGCUGCUCAAGAGCAGUAUGAGCGUGAUCAUCCAGCUUGGCAGGAUCCUAAUCUUCUUGCAGAGAUUAAAGCAGCCACAGGUGUUGAUUUAAAGUUGCCCAAGGGUAAAUACAAGCGUAAGCGCAAGUAUGAAAACCUAACAGAUAUUAAAAAGACUACUCCAUAUGAACGCCUGGCUAAGAAGGUUCUGAGUAAAAAAGCUGUGAGACGGGUGAACAAAGCACUUAAUAAACAACAAUCCUCAAGUGGUUGGAGUACAAAUUUUAACAGUAGUUAAUGCACAUUGCAGUAGUAUAGUACAAUAAUUUAAUGUAUUUUAUAUUUUGAACUAAAUGUAUGUUUAUUGGAGGAUUUUUCAGGUAAAUUACUUCAGUCACAGUUUGGAGCUUGGUAGUAGGAUAAUAUGUAUAAGAUUUUUAAAGGUAAGACCCACUGCAAGCCCUGGUGUUUUAAUUAAUUUGACAUAAUUCAGUAAACCCUUUCUAUUGCAUCAACACAAACUUUCAUUUAUGGUAUUUACCCUAAUUAUUUCCCUUUAUCCCAAAGUUUUUACUUAUCAUAUGUCAUUCAUGGUUGUGGCUGAUUGUAACUUUGGAAUGUUCAUUUUGAGAAAUGAUAAUGGGUCUUGAAAAUUUGUAGGUUUUAAAUGUUUUUCUUGUUAUGAAAUAUAGUAAAUCUUAUAGCAGUACAGUAUUGACAUUUCAAAGAUAGAUGGUCAUAAAUAAUGAAUCUGUUCUUCAGUUCUUUUACACUGUACAAGCAUACAUGGAUACUUUUUUGGUUCUGAACAAUGUUUUCUGCGAAGGUGCCAAUCCCCUUUCUGCUCUUGAUGGGGUUUUGAGCUUUCCAGGGGAAAAUCUGAAUUCUUUUUUUCUAGCAAUAGCUAGGGUUUCCCCUUCUGACUCUGUGCCCUCAGAACAAGAAUGUCUUCCAACAUUUGGGAAUAAUGUUUUCUGAGUUGCAUUAUAUCAUCAUUUUUAUGCAUGACACUUACCUGGCAGGUAUA